CUGGGUGUGGCCGGGAUGGCUCUGGGCGUGGCUGGGUGUGGUUUGGUGUGGCUGGGUGUGACUGGGAUGUCUCUGGUGUGGCCAGGAUGGCUCUGGGCGUGGUUGGGUGUGGUUUGGUGUGGCUGGGCGUGGCCCCUGUUGCCCCGCCCCCUGACACUGUCCCCACCCCUCCCCGCAGUGUCCCACGAGGGGCGUGGCCGGGCGCUGGUGCUGCGGGCGCGGGCGCUGGGCGUGGCCCCGGCGGUGGGCGGGGCACGGGCGGAGCUGGCGCUGGGCCACGCCCUGAAGCUGGAGCCGGGGCUGGGCGCGGCCUGGCGGCAGCUCGGGGAGCAGCGAUGGCGCCGGGGGGACCUGAGGGGCGCCCGCGACGCCUUCGGGGGGGCCCUGCAGCAGGGUGAGGACCCCGAGGCGCGGCGCCUGCUGUCCAUGGCCCUGCGCGCGCAGGGGGCGGGGCCCGGCCCGCGGGGGGAGGGGCCCGGAGCCGGGGGGGCGGGGCCGGGCCCGGAGGGCGGGGCCCUGCGCGAGAGCCUGGCCCAGGCGGAGGCGGCCGUGAGGUGCGACCCCAGCGACGGCCGCUCCUGGUACGUGCUGGGGAACGCCCACGUGUCGCUGUUCUUCGCGGGGGGGCAGAGCCCCGGCAGCGCCCGGCGCGCGCUCGCGGCCUACGCCCAGGCGGAGCGCGUGGACCCCGCGGCCGCCGCCGACCCCGACCUGCACCUGAACCGGGCCACGCUGCUGCAGUUCCUGGAGCGGUUCCAGGCGGCCCUGGAGGGGCUGAGCCGCGCGGCCGAGCUGGCCCCGGGCUGGGACGAGCCCCGGCGGCGCCACGGGAACCUCCUGGAGUUCCUGAGCCGGCUCUGCGCGCUGCUGGCCAGCAGGGGGAAGCUGCGGGGGAAGCGGCGCCGGGGCCUGGCCGGGCCCGUGCCCCUCCCCCUCCUGGGCCCGCUGGGGGGGGCGGGGGGGCCGCGCCCCUCCCCCCUCGCCGCGCUGCGCCCGGGGCCCAACCCCCAACGGGUGGUGCUGGGGAGGGUCCUGUUCAGCCUGGCCCCGCCCGGGGGCGUGCCCUACACGGUUGGGCUCCAGGACGGCGCCGGGGCCGUGGCCGCGGUCACCGUGUACAACGCGGCCCCCACCUGGGGCCUGAGCGUGGGCGACGCGCUGGCGCUGCCAGAGCCGCUCCUGACCCAGCACCAGCACCAGCACCAGGGACAGACUUUCUCCUUCCUGGGGAUCCGCGUCUCCUCCCCGCUGUCCCUCGUGGUCAACGGGAAGCGCCCGCCCGCCUCCGCCCUGGCCCCGCCCCGCCUGGCGCUGUCCAAUCCCAGCGCGCUGCCGGGGGAGGCCACGCCCCCCAGACCACGCUGACCACGCCCACCUUUGGGUGCAGGGGCGGGGCUUGUGUCAGAAUUUGGGGAAAUAAAGGAAUUUUUUGGGA